AUGGAGGGGCUGGUUGCUGCGUUUCUGGAGCACUACUGGACAUAUCUACACUCGAUCAAAGGAUCUUUGGCGCUGAUUUUGUUGGCGGUAUUGAUCGUUGUUCUGAGGAGACGACGAAAGGCCGAAAGCUCUGCGAUACCGACGAGAGAAGACAUACCGGGUUGCUUUCGAGCCGGCCUUCGAAAGAGUCGGCUGGAUGAUGAGCAUGUCUCGAGACAACUGGACCGGCGAGACUCGAAGCAUGAUGGCACACCAUUUGUGAAAGCAAUCUUCACAUAUCCUGUCAAAUCUUGUCGAGGAGUAGAGCUCCCUGCCACCGAGAUUUCGAGCACAGGGCUAGCGUACGACCGAUUGUUCUCGUUCGCCCAGUUAGUGCGACAGAACGAUGCUGUUACCGCAGAAAGCAGGCAGGUCGAUGCAGACGCCACGCCGCAAUGGCGCUUCAUUACCCAGCGAGAGUAUCCCAAGCUUGCUCUUCUGGAGACACAACUCUGGCUACCUGACCCUCACUCGCACCAACAGACUUCGGACGCAAAUACCAGCAACGAGUGGGUUGAGAACGGAGGGGGUCUAGUCAUCAAGUUUCCUGACGAGCGCAAUACCAACGGGCAAGCUGGAUAUGUCACGAUCAAGCUCCCUCUCGAACCUACCGCACAGCACGCCAAAGCUAAGCAGUACACACUUGAGAACAUGACCAUUUGGCUAGACAGCCCGUGGUGCAUCAAUAUGACCAACGAGAUCGAUGUAGAGUCGCUCGCAAAGCUCGGCUCUUUUCUUGGUAUCGAACACACUCUUGCUCUCUUCCGAAGCAACCCUCGAGACUUACGAAGCAUUCAGCGAAGCCUGCCUGCGGAUCAUCAAGAUGAGACGUUCCAGGUCGGCUUCGCAGACGCCUUCCAGGUGCAUCUUUUGAACAUGCAUAGUGUGCAGGCCUUGAGCGACGAGGUCCCGCCCGAGCAUAAAGUGGACAUUGGCCGUUUCAGAGCGAAUAUUAUCGUGGCAGGAGUAUCCGCGUAUGAAGAAGACAGGUGGAAGCGGGUUGUGUUUGGCCAGACGGUCGAUAUCGAGACGAAUGCAAUCGUACCGGCAUCACAUCACGUCGCUUGCAGGACGGCUAGAUGUGUCCUUGCCAACGUGGAUCAGCAGACCGGCGUGCAAGAUCGGAAGGAGCCUUUCAAGACGCUCAAGAGGACGCGGCAGGUGGACGAGGGCGCGAAGCCGCAUCCAUGUUUUGGAUUGUCAAUGAUGCCGCUUUUCCAGCGCGGUGUGGUGCGAGUUGGAGAUCGGAUAGAGAUUAUCGAGACCGGUGAGCAUAUCUAUGAGAAGAUGUUCAGCUAG